AUGGCGACCAACAAAGCCGACGGUCUGCUGCAGCUGUUCAAGGAGCGCCGCAGCUACUAUGUGCUCACCAAGGACCUGACCGUGUCCAAGGACCGGGUGCAGGAGAUUGUCAAGGAGGCGCUGGCCCAGGUGCCCAGCAGCUUCAACUCGCAGUCCAACCGGGUGGUCGUCCUCUUCGGCGCCGAGCACGAGAAGCUCUGGGACAUCACGUCGGACGUGCUCAAGCCCAUCGUGCCUGCUGACGGCUGGGAGGCCACCGCUGGCAAGCUGGCCCUGUUCAAGGGUGCUGCCGGCAGCGUCCUCUUCUUCGAAGACGAGGCCUCCGUCAAGGAGCUCCAGACCAAGUUCGCCCUGUACGCCGACCGCUUCCCUGCCUGGGCCACACAGUCUAUCGGUAUGCUCGAGUUCGGCGUUUGGACCGCCCUCGAGGCCGAGGGUCUGGGCGGCAACCUGCAGCACUACAACCCCCUCAUUGACGCCAAGGUGGCCGAGACCUGGAACGUCCCGACGUCCUGGAAGCUCAACGCCCAGCUGGUCUUUGGCGGUCGCGGCGCCGAGGCUGGCCCGAAGGAGUUCAAGCCCAUUGCCGACAUCUACAAGGUGUACGGCGCGUAA